CGCUUCAGCUCGCAACACACUCCAGCCUAGAACUCAUCCAGAGGACGCUGAGCGCCGCGACGGCCUGUGAGCGCGCAUCAUGUGUCGGCGAAAUUCCGCUCGCACUUUUUGAAAAUAUUGGACGCUAACAGCUACAAUUUUAUUGCUGAUACGGGACUUCGUUUCUACCCGCUGCAUUCGAAAGUGUAAAAAAAAUUAAAAACUCCUUUCGAGAGUUUAGGGUUUAACGUGCGAAUCAGCCUCGGUGAAAGAGGUCCGCGCAUCUGGGGCACAAAUGAGAGCUAGAGUCGCCUUAAGCCGGCCCUGGGGGCAAUGCGUGAGAUAGGCUGCGCACAAAGGCUCCAGGAACUUGCGCAGAACUUCACGCCUGACCUUCAUGUACACCAUCUGUCCCACACUGACGAGCUGGAGAAGAGGUUUUCCCUCGAAUCGGCGAAGAUCAGACACUGCACAGACCUGGAGGAAUUGCAAGAAUUGCUUCAUUUCCCUGAAGAGGUCGCGUUGCGGCUGGCCGACUUUGAGUACCAGCUAUUUUAUCAGGUCCCCCCCAUUGACUACCUGCGCCAGGUGACAAUAGACUUAGGGGGGACGACCGGAAGUGGGGCAUCCGGCCCAUCAGCAUCGACCGUCGAUUCCCAAACUCAAACACCGCCGGCAGGUGGCGGCACCAGCGCAACCCCAUCGAGGGGCUCAUCUGUGGUCAAGCUAAUCCGAAGGUUCAACGAGGUGAGUGCGUGGGUAACGCAAUUGAUAAUAACUCAACCUACGCACGAUGCCAGAAGGGCAGUGUUGUCAUGCGUACUUCGCGUUGCGUUGUGUUGCUGGAACAUCGGAAACUUCAACGGCGCUAUGGAAAUCAUUGCCGGUCUCAAAUCAAACAAACUCAAGCCGUUCUGGCUGUCAAUCACGGAGAAGGAGACGUUGCCGGUGCUGGACUUCCUUUCGGCGGCGUUGCUAAGCGCCGAGUACGACCGAGCGCUGACCCGAGCUCUCGCGAUGCCCGAAUGCCCAGUAGUACCCUUCUUCGGGGCAUUCCUGAGGGAACUACAGGACAUCCUGGCUCCCGAGGGAACGGCAGGAAUAUACGGCGAAGCGUUCACGUUGGACGCGUGCACGACGGCAACACCGCUUUUCGCGCCCAAGCAGCCCAACGCCCAGACCGGAGCCCGGCCGAAAGAGCCCAGAUGGCACCGGGAGCAACACAUGCAAGCUAGACAAGUGUUUAUUUCAGACUACAAUCAAGAAGGACACCAUUUCACCAAAAUUGGUCCUGGGAAACUAAUGAACGUAGACAAAAUAUAUCGUACUCAAGCUGUAAUGGACCAUAUCUCGCAGUGUCAUCAACAUUACCACACGCGAAAUCGAUUGUUACCCGAGUCUUCUCUUCUUGAAUACCUUAGAUCUUCCACUGGAAACGAGCAGCGAGUUUUUUCCGCUUCGUCCCCAGAAAAAGUGGAACUGGAAUCGGAAUACGAAAUGGACAUGGAGGACUUCCAUCCCAUUCAGAACAUGGUAUACGACCAUGGAGUCAGUUUCGUCUGCAUGUCAUCUUCUCAUACCAAAAUCGACCAACACGUCAUGCAGAUCCUCCAACACGGCAGCACGGUGGUCCUUUGGGAAGGCGUGGACGGUUCCUCGAACUCUUUAGGCCCACGCGGCGUCCUGCAAUACUUGCGCCUCGACCGGUCCCUGACGACCUUGACGUGGGUGAGGCCCAGCUGGAGCGGCCUGCGGGCGGGGAACGCCAGCGACAGCUGCGAACCCGUCCUCUCCGACUUCAACCUCAACUUCAACCCCGAAGACACCCUGGCCCCCGGGCUGCUGACCAAGCUGGCGCUGCAGUCCAACGGAGAGCAGUCUACGAGUUCCACCUUGGACGAUGGAUUCUUGGACUUGUGCGCUGUAAAGGAAGUACAAUUGGGCGGCAGAGAUGCCGAGAAAGAAGGCGAACUGGCAACAAUGGCACGCAGGUACGGUCUCGGCCACGGGCAAGGCAACGAGUGUGCAAUUUCCAUCGUCUACGGAAACAAUCUGUGCGACAAUCGGCUGCUUUACAUCGUGUGUCCGCCGGCAGAAUGCAGAGUGUGGUUCAGCGGCUUGCAGUGGCUGGUUAAGGGUCUCUCCCGCCAGAUGUCGCUGUGCGACCGGCGACUUUUGUGGCUAAGGGAGCAAUACGUGCAACUCUAUCACGAAGACGGCUACUGCUGCGGACCUCUAGCCGCCGACGCAAUCAGGGUUCUUUUGCAGUCCUUCGGGGGACGCGAUUGGUCGCUAGCGGGCAUGCAACAGGGCCAAGGCGCCGAGUCUUCGGGGGCGCUCAGGAGGGAGGUGUCGAUGAAAAUCAAAAAGAAGCAGCUACUCAGCAAUCAAACCUUCAAGGAUCGCAGUUUGCGCUGUCAGUUCGUGGAACCGCCCACUAUGGUGAUGGAGAGCAGCUAUUGGAGGAACCCAACUCACCAUCGCCAAUCGACUCCAACGACUUUUCCCGAUCACCAACCCGAUGUUUCCCGACACCACAGUCUCGGCCAGCUCGCCUGUACCUCUGCUUCGCAACCCAAAUAUGACAGGGAUAGACACGGUUCCACGGAAUACCUAUGGCAUGGAAGGCAUCCUAGGGUGGGCUCGAUAUUGUACGAUACUCAAAUGGAUUUUGUCGAUUUUGUGACACUUUUUCGAUCGUUUAGCAUAUUAAUUCGCAAGGAUCUCAGAGACUUGUUUGAACAACUCGCGAUAUCCUAUAGAAGCAUGGCUGUGAAUACGAAAGUUAAUGGAGUGAGGUCGAAGGUGGACGGAAAAAAACCGACAAGAUUAGGCGUUUUGACGAGAAACAGUCAAGGAGAGCUGGAAGGUUCGGUGGUUAACACGCAAAAAAAAGUUUUCGAUGCGAUAGCAGCCGCUAGCAUUUUUACCAACUGUGCUGGAAUCGACACCAACAACUCUCAAGUGAUCACUUUAUCUACGUUCGCGAAAUUUCUGGAGACCCGACAAAUGGAAGUGAGGACGCAGGAUCAAAUAAAAGCCUUAAUUUAUAGGCAUGAACCAGAUGCCAGUUUGCGCGCCCAAAAUUGUCUUUCCUUCGAAGGAUUCGCCAGAUAUUUAAUGGACAAAGAUAACUUUGCUUUCGUACCUGAGUGCGAAACCCCUAUGGAGAAUGGAAUGCAUCGUCCAAUGUCACAUUACUACAUAGCCUCGUCUCACAAUACCUAUCUCACCGGUCAUCAGCUUAAAGGAGAGUCGUCUGUGGAACUUUAUGGUCAAGUUUUAUUGACCGGCUGCAGAUGCGUUGAAUUAGACUGUUGGGAUGGGGACGACGGAAAUCCCUUGAUCUAUCACGGGCACACUUUCACUACGAAGAUCCCCUUCAGUUCCGUGGUGGAAAUAAUUCACAGAAAUGCUUUUGUCACAUCGCCAUAUCCUGUCAUUUUGUCCAUCGAGAAUCACUGCUCGAUGCAGCAACAGACAAGAAUGGCGCACAUUUUUCAGAGAACUUUUGGUGAAAAGUUAGUUACGAGCUUCUUAUUCGAAGCAGAUUACAGUGAUGAACCGACGUUGCCUUCUCCUGAGCAGCUGCGAAACAGGAUUCUAAUUAAGAAUAAGAAAUUGAUAAUGGAAGUGCCUGCGCCCCUGCCGUUUGUUAUGUCUGCGCCAGUCAGACCUGGAUCUGGCAUUCGACACUCCGCUCCUGGACGAACGAGUUCUAUUAUAAGCAACACCAGUAGCAGUUCCUUCAAUGAUGACUUUAGUGACGACGAAUACGAUGACGAAGAUGACGAGGAAACAAUGGACGUCAAUGUGUUUCUAGAGAAAGCAAUGCACGGGAUUCUAAACGCCAGCGACUCGCCGAAAAUCUACGCGCACACACCCGUAGUUAAGGCAGUGGUUCCCAAAAGAGCAACACCCGACGACAAGCUGAAGAAAAAGAACCAAAUCGCCAAGGAGUUAUCCGACAUGGUCGUAUACGUUCAGGCCAUCAAGUUCCGGGGAUUGAACAGCAUUAGUCCUAGCAGCUCUGUGAAGCAGCGCCACAGAACGGGGAUGUCUAGUUCCGGUAGUUCUACCGUGACGACGGGAAGUUCCAGCACUUCAGGCGUAGGCACGAGCGAAUCCGAUGUCACGGUGCACGAGUGCGACGUGAAAAUGACGCGCGUAAAUGUGCACACCCCGUGCUAUCAGUGCUCCUCAAUAAACGAGAACACGGCUAAGAAACUGUGCCGCAAGCAGCCUCUGGGGUUGAUAUCCCACACGCAGACGCAAUUAAUGCGCACAUAUCCCGCUGGUAUGCGGAUAGACUCAUCGAACUUCAACCCGGUGAUAUACUGGUCUUUUGGCAUGCAAAUGGCAGCUCUAAACUACCAAACGGAAGACAGCGGGAUGCAAUUAAACACCUCUUUGUUCGAGCUAAACGGGCGGUGCGGAUUCGUGAGCAAACCCGACGUGAUGUGGGAUAGAACGCACGUGAUGUACAGAAGAUUCAACCCGUGGGAUAAGCAGUUCGACGGGAUACACUCCUCCCAAAUCCUCAUCAACGUGGUAUCAGGUCAGUAUGUCUCACAAACGAACGUCAACAUAAAUACGUAUGUUGAAGUGGAAAUAGUCGGCAUACAAGUAGAUUGCCUCAAGCAGAAAACCAAGGUGGUACAGAAGAACGCCUUAAACCCCAUAUGGAACGACACCUUCCACUUUCGUGUGAUGUUUCAAGACUUAGCCUUCCUACGUUUCGCUGUGAUGGACUCAACCAACAAUCACUUGUUAGCUCAAAGAAUAAUCCCGCUGAAAAGCCUAAAACCAGGGUACAGACACGUCAGACUUAGAACGCCCCAAAACAAAAGCAUGAACAUGUCGACCCUAUUCAUCUACUCCCGCGUUGAGGAGGAGAGUCUGGACAACGGGGAAAGUCACAACAACGGUGUGAAAGAAGAGUUUGUGGAGGCCGCCACUGAUAAAACGUUCUUCGGCAUAUCCGGCACGCCCUUAUGCGUGAAACGCCGCAUGUUCUUCCUCAUGGUGUACGGGGUUUUAACCGAGGAACCUUACACGAUACUCAAAAUAACGCAGGAAAGUACUACGCACGAAGUUCUCUUGCUUUGCCUGCAGAAGGCAGGAGUUGCGGUGAAGGAAGUCAACGAUUACAUACUCGUGGAGGAAGUGGCGAGAAGUUGGGAGAAGAAAGAUUUAUGUUUGCCGGCAACGCAAAGAAUACUUGAUUUGCACGAGAGGCCUUUACAGGCCCAAUCUAAGUGGAAGGGGGAAGGCCGUUUUAUACUCAAACGAAUGGGUGAUGAUCCAAGCAGUCGAGCAUGGCUAUCUUCGAUACGAAGCGUCGCAAAUAGAGAGCGCGAGGCUAGAAAAUCCGAUGGUGCGCCUAGCAACGCUUGGGAGGAAAACGACACCUUUUUAGUGUGUAUAUACAACGUUUCCCCGGAAAUACCCUACGCCAUACUCAAAGUACCUCUAAACGCACGCUCUCAAGACGUCUUAGCGCAAGCUUUGGUAAAAGCACGAAGAUUAGAAGACCCCUUGAAGUUUGUAAUCGUGGAAGAGUUAGAAUGGGGAGGCACAACUCAUAACAUCCAGCAACGCGUUUUAGCCGACCAAGAAACCGUGUACAGCGCUCAAUCGCACUGGCAGACCAUAGGGCGGUUUAUAAUGCAGGAAAGAACCAGCGCCACUCCAAAUACAUUGCGAAAAAACCGAAUUGCCUCGAGUUUGCGUCUGGCCACUUUGGAUCGCAUCAGCCGCGGUCUGAAUGUAGCCAGAAACAUCAAGAUGCCCGUCUCCAUGGCUCUAAGCGAUCCCAACACUUCAAAAUGGAAAAGUAAGGGCCAGCGCGGCAAAGGUAGCUCAGAGAAGGAAACCAACGCAACCAUAGCGAAGAAAACCGAACUCCGCCGCGAGGUACACUCUGAAGGCGAAACUUUAAGCGACGAGGAUUCAAAGGAAUCCGACUUAAUGGCGACGGUAUCCCGUUUGAAGAGGGUCUCGCUGCGGAAGAUAAAAGAAUGGAAAUCAUGACUGAACUGAACAGUUCGGGAGCGCAUUCCAACUGUCGUCUUUUUAUAGUGUUGUAGGUUGUGACGCGUGGGAAUAUUUACACUCUCAUUCCGUCGAAUUUACUGGUGGCAAAUCGCGGAAGCAAUGGUGCCAACUUAGCUGCUUUCCCCCAACUCAACCCUAUACAAGGUGACACCUUUGUAAAAAAAACAGUAAGCUAGAUUUGGGAGAGUUCUGGAAGUGUUACUCUGACUUAUUAAUAAAACAGUCCACAGAAAAGUGGUUAAGCGCAAUAAAAAUGGGUAUUCAGAAUUAGACAUGUUGUAUUUGGUUAUUGUAAAAGAGAACACACAAUAUAAGUUUAUAUCAAUUUAUCAGUUGAGACAUACGAAUAUCUUCUCAACGGUUAGAGUAAUCAAAAAAAAUCUAUUUUGAAUCAGUAUAUUUUUGACGUUUUUUGUCAAAAAUAUACAGGGACUCCAGCCGUAUACUAUAGUAGUAUUAAAACUAAAAUUAUAAUGUUUUUUUGAAAUUUUUGUGUCGUUUUUUUAAUUACUAAUUAAAUUGAAGAGGCAACAAAGUACAAGUAAAUGGGUUUGGGUAAAAGAAUUAUUCUUAGGACCCAAAAAUUUAAUCUCGAAUCUUAUUUAUUAAGUCUUAUCAAAAUUUAAUAUCGAAUUGAUGUAUAAAGGCGUCUUUAUCUACUUUAUCAAGCACAUUAAAUUACUGACAUUUAAAAUUUAAACUUUAAAUUGUAUUUUUACUUGAAAGUGAUUUUAAGAACCAAAAAUGAAAAAAGAGCAAAAAAAGAGAAAGGAGACGAACAUUUAUGUCGUCGUUAGAAAUUUUGUUUUGUUUUUGUUGCGGUACCUUUACGCCCAAGAAAACCCAACGCAAUAUUUCAUUACAAAAUUUUAUGAGAAAUACCUACUACUUUAUUUUGGCAGGAAUAUUAAAUUGACCUGAUAUACGACCUUUAAUGAAGGAUCAAGCAUUCAAAAAUGCUAUCAAAGUUGACGAGCUUGUUGCAUAAUAUGGCAGUGUUAAAGCUGUCAUUGAAAAUACAUUUUCUUUUUUUCUCAUCCUGAUAAAUUUGCCGAACUGAUGAACAUGGAGAACGAUUUCACCAAGUAACUGCAAAUCUAGAGCAUUGGUAGACAUCUAUGGGUAUAGCGGAAAGAAGUUGGAUUCAUUGCUAGAAGACAUUUGCUGGAAUUUGCAGCAAAAGAUGUACGACGAUGAUGAAGAUUAAGCAUAAUACUAUAAUCCAAUUUGAUAUUUGAUACGAUUUAAUAAAUUUAAGGUAGAAAAAAGCAAAAUUAUGCAAUGCAUUAAAUUUUGAGGGCUUUAUUUGGAUAAAAAAUACUGAAACUUGUUUACUUUGUUGCCCUUUCAAUUUAAUAAUUAAAAUAAACGACAGAAAAUGUCAAAUAAUGGCUGUUUUUUUACAUAAAAUAAUUUAAUAAAUAAUUAAAAUACCAACAAAAAAAUUACAUUUUAAGGUGAUUGAACAGGGCAUUUUAUUACGAAAUUAUUUUAAAUCCUAGACGUCCUAAAGAAAAACUAAUACCAUUUUUUAAAUCAGCGGCCCAAAAUUAGUGAAACUAAGCUGGAGUACCUGUUUAAUGUUAGGAAAAAAAAGUUUGUAAAACUAUCAUGGUAUUAUCGUUCAAUGAGUUACAAAUUUAUUAAAAAACGAUUUUUUUUUAUAAAUUCUUCCAACUUUGGAAUAUCUUUUAAAUGGUUAAUGAACUGCAAUAAACUUGGUGUUUUAUUUUACAAUAACCAAAUGCAACAUCUCUAAAUAAUCCCGAAUAUUUAUUUGUAUUGCUUAUUAAUUAAGUCAAAAUAACUCUUCCAGAAGCAGGACUUAGACAGUAGAACAAUUUUUAAAAAUUAACAAUAAGAGUUUUGAAAGUUUACUUAUUAUAAUACAAGUUUUAAAGAUAAAGUAAAACUUUAAAAACUAUUAUUUGCCACUGUCUGAGGCGUCACCUUGUAUAUAUUAUCAAUUUUGCUACUUUGCAUAAUUUAAUUUAUUUGGAUGUCUUUCCUAAUCCCCUGCAAUGAUAUUAAAUAAUCUGAAACGGUCUAUUAUUUUAAUAGUAGAACUUUGUUAUCUAGCAAUAUAACAAUUUGUUUUAACUAGUCAAUCUUACAUUUAAUAAUUUAUUAUUUACAACUAAACUUAUUUAUAUAUCGGAUAAACAGUGUUAAUUUAUUUUUUUAAAUAAAUCCAUACAUAUAAAAAAUAAGUAUAUUUUUAAGGUCAUAAAGAUAAAUUAAAAUUUUUAUAUGUAGAAAAAAAAUUUAGCUUUUUUAAACAUACUUAUUUUUAAUAAUCAAGUAUUGAAGGACCCCAUCAAUUAAAAUGGCAUAUCUAUUUUACCACAAUAACAAUUUGUUUUGUGAUGUUAUCAUGUUUAAUAUAGUUUAUGAUUAAAAAACCUAAUACAUAUUUUAUUGCUGUUAUAGUUAGCUAAAUAAUAGAUAUAUAAAUAACAACUUAUUCAACAUGUAUAUUGUAUUUAUAAGAUAUCACAACUUACCAUAUCCUUCCUUACUUUUUGUUUUAUUUUUCAUUAUUUAUUAAAAAUCUGCAAUUUGUAAGGUAGAGAAAAAAAAUCAAACCUUCGAAUUUCAGAUUUUAAAAAGGCUUUGUAGUUUUAUAUAAAACAUACAUGUAAUAAUAUGAUAUCACAAUUUAAAUAAUGUUGUUUUUGUAAAUACAUAUUGAUGUACUUUUUAAACUAUAUGAACCAUAAUAUACUGUGUAUAUAUAACUUAUACGAAAUUUGAUUAUUUUGCAGUACAAAUUUUAAUGAUUAUUUUUUUCGUAAUAUUGUUAUAUUUAACGAUUUAUAAAAAUAUAUUACGUUAAAAAUGUGGCUGUUUUUUAUUUACCUUACCUCAAAAAAUACUUAAUUUGUUAGAUGGAAUAUUAAAACAAUUUUUUCUACUCCCACCUUUAAAACGACCUUUUGAAUGCACAUUGACAAGUUGUGGCUUUAUGACGCUUUAGUCACGGGCAACAGGUUUUUAGUCACGGGCUGAAGUUAGUUUUAAGUUAGUUGACAGUUGUCAAAUGUCAUACAAUCGUUAAAAUACAGUGCCUUUCUUGUAAAAUAAUACUAAAUGUGAA